UUGAUCUCUUCUAUCAUCUUGACAGGUCAUUAAAUGCAAAGCAGCCGUUGCUUGGGAAGUUAAGAAACCUCUGAGCAUUGAGCAAGUGGAAGUAGCUCCUCCAAAGGCUCACGAAGUUCGCAUUAAGAUUCUGGCCACAGGGAUCUGUCGCUCAGAUGACCAUGUGAUCAGCGGUGCCUUUGCUAUGCCUUUUCCGAUUGUUCUGGGCCAUGAAGCAGCUGGUGUUGUAGAGAGUGUUGGAGAGGGAGUGACUUGUGUGAAACCAGGAGACAAAGUAAUCCCCCUCUUUGUUCCACAAUGUGGAAAAUGCACUUCAUGCCGAAGUACCAAAGGGAACCUCUGUUCUGAACAUGACCUCAGUGAGGCUCGUGGAUUAAUGCUUGAUGGCACCAGCAGGUUCACCUGCAAAGGGAAAAGCCUUCAUAAUUUCAUCAGCACCAGCACCUUCACGGAAUACACUGUGGUACACGAAAAUGCAGUGGUGAAAAUUGAUGCUGCUGCUCCUUUGGAAAAAGUGUGUCUGAUCGGCUGCGGGUUUUCCACCGGCUAUGGUGCAGCAGUUCAAACAGCCAAGGUGGAGCCUGGUUCAACCUGUGCUGUUUUUGGUCUGGGAGGAGUUGGUCUCUCAGCCGUCAUGGGCUGCAAAGCAGCUGGAGCUUCCCAAAUCAUCGGGGUCGACAUCAACAAGGAUAAAUUUCCCAAGGCUAAAGAGAUGGGAGCCACGGAGUGCGUCAACCCUCUGGAUUUCAAGAAGCCCAUCAAUGAAGUGCUGUUUGACUUGACUGAUGGUGAAGGUGUAGACUACUCGUUUGAAGUGAUUGGGCGUGUUGACACCAUGACGGCUGCCCUGGCAUCGUGCCACAGCAACUAUGGGACCAGUGUAAUUGUGGGAGUGCCUCCUUCCACCUCUACAAUUGCUGUUGACCCGAUGUUGCUUUUCACAGGACGUACCUGGAAAGGAUCUGUUUUUGGAGGGUGGAAGAGCAAAAGACUCUGUCCCAGACUGGUUUCUGAUUUCCUGGGGAAGAAAUUCAUCUUGGAUCCAUUAAUAACCCAUACACUACCAUUUGAAAAAAUCAAUGAAGGAUUUUGA